ACUGCUGAUCUCAUUUCAACAACACGGACAAAAGUAAAAUGCGAAAAAAAUGGUGGCUAUUCCAUGCUACGGAUUUUCAAUCCUUGAUGUACCCCUGUUUCUUCUUUUGCUAUAUUAUCGGAAUAUUUCCGUACAAGCUCAAUGCUUCAAUCUUUAUAGUUUCAAAACCGUACUACAUAUUGUCAACCAUGAUUAUCUGUAUUGGUGUGUUUCUUAACUUAGUAUUCAUUUAUGAUAUUAUAAUUUCUAAAUAUAACUUUGGAGAUCUAACCAAAAAUAUUCGCGCUAUUAAUUACCACACGCUCAGCGGUUUUAUUGCAAUCACCACACACAUAUGGAGCGGUCCACGAAUGCGAUUGUUACAGACUAUUUUGGAGAUCUCUUCAAAAUUAUCUCCAAAUUCGUAUCAAAAGUUGUCUAAAUUGAUCCAUAUCAAAGACAUCUUUGGUACUAUCUUAUUAAUUGUGCAAUUAUCCAUAUAUUAUUCUAAAAAUAUAAUAUUUGAAACAAAUUGUAUGGUUGUCUUGGUAACAGUGUACGCAAUAUACUUCGCUUUGUUGCAAUUUCAAGUAAAUAUGCUGUACAUAAAUUGUGUUUGUAUAAUAAAGGCUUGUUUUAAAAGUAUUAAUGAGAAUUUGAUGCACAUACAAAUGCUCAUAAAAAACGAUAUAAAACCAUACAUCAAGUUUAUCUGUUGCACACAAAGAAAUCAAUUUUUCUUAAUAAAACUGAAAAUUCUAAAGAAGAGGCACUUGAUGAUUAGUGACGCAGUGCAAGCGAUGAAUAUAGUCUUCAGUCUACAACUAUUUGCUACUGUAGUCAUAAUCUUUAUUGAAAUCACUUUUGAACUGUAUUUCUAUAUAGUGCGCUGGCAAAAUGGAGUAUUUUUUAGUUUAGAUAAACAAAUUCUCGAUGUCCUUUUAAUGUCCACGGGAUAUAAUAUUUUAAAAAUAAUGUUACUUGCGUGGGCUUGUGAAACCGGUAAAAAUCAGGCGCAAGAAAUCGGUACCACUAUUCACGAUCUGUUUAGCAGCACCAAUGAUAAGCAAAUAAAAAAUGAGUUGUAUCUAUUUUCCUUACAAAUAUUACAUCGCAAAAAUACAUUUUCGGCGAAAGUUUUCACUGUGGAUGCGAUGUUUCUCGCAACAAUAGUGAGUAACGUUGCUACGUAUUUAAUAAUUUUGAUACAAUUCUUAAACAUUUCACAUUCUUGCGACGAAAAGACAGCAAUCAAUGUUACACUAUUUAAUUAAAAAAGAUAUAAUAAUUAAUCAUAAAA